AAUGGUUUGGCUGUAAAUGUAUUCAUAUAAUUCGUGAUGAGAGCUUGUAACAGCUUAUCUGUUCUCUGUACCUGUAAUACAAUUUCUAAAAUAAUUCUUUAAAUAAUUCAUCAAGAGUAACUAAUACAAAAUGGUUGAACCAUUAAGAAUUACAUAAAAAUUAAAAUCAAUAAUUAGUACCUAGAAUAAAAUUAAUCUUAUUAUAAAUGUCAAGUAAAUUAAGGGUCACCACUAGGUAGCUUAUUUUUAUCAGUAAUUUACGUGUAAACAAUACCAACCGCUCAUAGGUACCAUACCUCAUACGUACCACUUAUUGUAAAAAAAAAUAAUUUACAGAUUGUGUAUUUCAAAUAAAAAUUUAAAAAAAAAGUUGCUAUAAAAAUGUUUAAAAAAAUAUCUGGCCGAAUUUAAGAGAGGAUACUUUUAAAUUAAUAAUAGAUGAAUGCUAUGUUAUGUACAUUAUAUUAAGAUAAUGAAAUUAAUAUAUAGGUAUAUUUCUUUCUUUAACCAAAAAUGGUACGGUGAACAAAAAUUACGCUAAUGGUAUGGUGCGGUCUUCUAGACCACUUAGUCUUGUUAAUUAUAUUAAGACCACAUUUUUCAAUUGUUCCGUAUUAUUUGUAGUUAUUCGUAGGAAUAAUAUAUUUACAGUGUCAACUUUUAUUUGACUAUCAUUUAUUCGAUUCAAAUUUAAUAAGUUUAGAAAUGAAUUAAUUGUUUAGACAUUUUAAGAAGUAAACCAAAACAAAAAACUGCAGCGGUCUAUAGGACCAGACCAUACCAUUUACAGGUUAAUGGAUGUGCAUGUGUUAUGAAUAAAUCAAUAGGGAUUAUUAUUAUUAUUUUUUUUAAAAAAUUAGUAUAAGUAUCUUUUGAAUACAGUAGGUAUAUCUAUUAGUUGUGGUGAUAGGCCUGUAACUUGUAAAAACGUUCCUUUGUUAUUUAAAUAAAACAUGUCUAUUAAGUAUUUGUACAUACGAUUUUAUUGUGCCAAGUGGAUUAAGAAAGAUAGAACAAUUUUUACUAAUUAACCAAUAUUAGCUAUGCAUUGGUAAGUAAUGAUAAUUUGUUCAUAAAUAGAAUACAAAUUAUUAAUGCAUGAGUGUCUUUAAUUCAGUGGAGGUGUGAACUUUUUUUUCUAUGAAGCGACUAUUGAAAAUAAGUAGCCACUUAUCAAUUGUUCCUGUGUUAAUGUGAAUGGCUAGUCUAUACACCGCCCCCACUAUCAAUUCCAAUUCAUAAAUGUACAUAAAAUAUUCUUAAAUUAUAAAUAAGUCUAUCAUUAAGAUACCCUUCCCCACUUCUACAUGAAGCAGUCGCUUCAUAAACUAUCUAUUCACGCCCCCACUGCUAGUAUUUAAAGAUUAUUCAAUCACACCUAUAAUUGUAGAUUUGAUAUUUUACUACAUUUCAAAUAUAUCUUUAGUAUUAAAUUGGUAUACUUUUAUAAUAUACUUAAAAAGAGCUUAAAAUAAAGAAAAUGUGUUGUGUUAAAUAUCCUUAUAGUAAAUAUGAGAAUUAAGAAUACAAUAUUAAAAAAUAUGUUGUAUCAAAACUGAAAGUUUAUAUUCAUAUUUCUGCAAUGUGGUUUAAAAAAGAUGGAGCAAGGUUACCAGGAACUCUGCAAAACUCAACCAACCAUUCUUGUUGAAGAUUUCGAGCCAAUGAAGCCACUUGAAGAAGAAGAGUUAAUGGAAGCAUCUUUAACUACAGACCGUAAACAAGUUAUUGUUGGCAUAUGUGCCAUGAAAAAAAAAAGUUUUUCUAAACCAAUGAAAGAAAUUCUGAACAGGCUAGCUGAGUUCGAAUAUUUAAAAAUGAUAGUUUUUGAAGAAGAAUUAUUAUUAAAACCUAUCGAAGAAUGGCCCAUUUGUGAUUGUUUGAUAUCUUUUCAUUCUAAAGGAUUUCCUCUUGAAAAAGCUAUUAGAUAUGCUGAGCUUAGGAAUCCAUUGGUUAUUAAUCACUUGCCAACUCAGUUUGCUCUCCAAGAUAGAAGGCAGGUUUAUUCAAUUUUGGAAUCCGAAGGAAUUUUAAUUCCUAGGUAUGCAGUUUUAGAUAGAGAAUCCCAGGAUCCAAAUUUACACGAGCUAGUAGAGUCUGAAGACCAUGUUGAAAUAAAUGGUGUUGUAUUCAAUAAACCAUUUGUUGAAAAACCAGUUUCUGCUGAAGAUCAUAAUAUUUAUAUUUAUUAUCCUACUUCAGCAGGAGGUGGAAGUCAGAGACUUUUUCGGAAAAUCGGUAGUCGUAGUAGUGUUUAUUCUCCAGAAUCUAGAGUUAGGAAAACUGGUUCUUUUAUAUACGAAGAUUUUAUGCCAACUGAUGGAACUGAUGUUAAAGUAUAUACUGUUGGCCCAGAUUAUGCUCACGCGGAAGCACGUAAGUCACCUGCUCUGGACGGUAAAGUUGAACGUGAUUCUGAAGGUAAGGAGAUACGAUAUCCUAUUAUCCUCAGUAAUUCUGAAAAAAUGAUUUCUCGUAAGGUAUGUUUAGCAUUUAAGCAAACUGUAUGUGGCUUUGACCUACUACGAGCAAAUGGUAAAUCUUUUGUUUGUGAUGUGAAUGGAUUUAGUUUUGUUAAAAAUUCAAAUAAAUACUAUGACGAUUGUGCCAAAAUAUUAGGAAACAUGAUACUUAGAGAAUUGGCACCUACACUUCAUAUACCUUGGUCGGUUCCUUUUCAACUAGAUGACCCUCCAAUUGUUCCUACUACUGUUGGAAAAAUGAUGGAAUUACGGUGUGUUGUGGCUGUUAUAAGACAUGGAGAUCGUACUCCUAAACAAAAAAUGAAAGUUGAAGUUAGACAUUCCAAAUUUUUUGAUGUGUUUGAAAGGUAUGGGGGUAAAAUGAAAGGAGAAGUUAAAUUAAAACAUCCUAAGCAACUUCAAGAAGUUUUAGAUAUUGCCAGAGCAUUGUUAGAUGAAAUUGAGCAUCAUGAAGCUGAUCAAGAGCUUGAAGAGAAAAAAAGAAAACUUGAACAAUUAAAAAGUGUUUUAGAAAUGUAUGGUCAUUUUUCAGGAAUAAAUCGUAAAGUCCAAAUGAAAUAUCAACCUCACGGAAGACCAAGGAAAGAACAAAGUGUAAAUUUUAAACAAGAUCCAUCACUUGUUCUAAUACUUAAAUGGGGAGGCGAAUUAACUCCUGCAGGGAGAGUUCAAGCAGAAAAAUUAGGACAAAUUUUCAGAUGUAUGUAUCCUGGAGGCCAGGGUAGAAAUUCAGAUACUCAAGGAUUGGGGCUACUUAGAUUACAUUCUACAUUUCGCCAUGAUUUAAAAAUUUAUGCAAGUGAUGAAGGUAGAGUGCAAAUGACAGCUGCUGCAUUUGCAAAAGGAUUAUUGGCUCUUGAAGGGGAAUUAACACCAAUUCUUGUACAAAUGGUUAAAAGUGCCAAUACAAAUGGUUUAUUAGAUAAUGAUCGUGAUUCCAGUGAACAACAAAAUAUGACAAAAGAACAGUUACACAAAUUAAUGCAGAAUGACCAUAUAUUUACUCCUGAAGAUCGAGCAAUGAUAAAUCCUUGUAGAGCUAUUAGUAUAGAUGAAGCAUUAGAUUAUGUAAAAAAUCCUGUUCAGUGUUGUGAAAUAGUACAAGAACUAAUACAGAAGUUAGUUGCUGUUGUAGAAUCCAAAAAAGAUGAUCCAAAAAAAGCAGACACUGUAUUAUACCAUGGUGAAACAUGGGAACUUAUGGGACAACGAUGGUCAAAAAUUGAAAAAGAUUUUUAUACUAAAAAUAAAAAAUUUGAUAUAUCCAAGAUUCCUGAUAUAUAUGAUUGUAUAAAAUAUGACUUACAGCAUAAUCAACGAACCUUACAAUUUGAAGAAGCUGAAGAAUUGUAUACGUAUGCCAAAUAUUUGGCCGAUAUAGUUAUUCCUCAAGAAUAUGGGUUGGAUAUAGAUGAAAAGGUUACUAUAAGUCAAGGAAUUUGCACUCCUUUAUUAAGAAAACUUAAAUCUGACUUGCAACGAAAUGUUGAAGAGCCAUGCGAAGAAGCAGAUGAUGAAACAGUAAAUCGUUUAAAUCCUACAUAUUCAUAUGGUGUAUUAAGUCCUAGAAGACAUGUAAGAUCUCGUUUAUAUUUUACUAGUGAAAGCCAUAUCCAUUCACUUUUAUCUAUUUUGAGAUUUGGUGGCCUGUUAGAUGUGUACAAUGAUGAACAAUGGGGUCGAGCUAUGGAAUAUGUCAGUAUUGUUUCAGAACUUAACUAUAUGACUCAAAUUGUCAUUAUGUUGUAUGAAGAUCCUACCAAAGAUGUAAAAUCUGAUGAGAGAUUCCAUGUAGAACUACAUUUCAGUCCUGGUGUUAAUUGUUGUGUUCGAAAAAAUUUACCACCAGGUCCUGGUUUUCGACCACAAACAGGUAGUAAUUUCAAAACAAAACAUAAAGAUUACGAAGAGGAUGAUUCUUUAGAUGAAGAUGAAGGGCAUAGUAGAUUUUCCGUGACAGAACCGCAAAUUGAAGAAGAAGAAGAAGAAGAUCAUAGUCGAUUUUCUAUUACUGAAGAUGAUAAAAAAGAAUCAUCUGAACCGCCAAUAUUUUCUGAGGAUGACACUUGCGAUGGACCAAUGAAGUUCAAAUUUUGUCAGCCUCAAAAUGCUACAGCCAAGAGACAUUGUUAUUUUUCACAUUUGUUUUCUGCAUCUCCGCCAACCAGUAGUUUGUUUAGUACUGCUGUAAUUAGUGGUUCAUCUAGCACUUCAGAUUUACAUGAUUUGAUGACGGGUCCUUCAAGCUAUGCUGGUUCAAUAAUUGGUUGCGAUGGGGUUCCACCAAUAAGACCUUUAGAAACAUUGCACAAUGCAUUGUCAUUAAAUCAAGUUAUAACUUUUUUUGAUAAGGUUAUUAAUAACCAAGAACCAAGUUCACCAGAAAUUUGGCCAUAAUAUGUUAAUUAUUUUAUUAUAAAUGCCAAUAUUAAACACUAUGGUUAGAAUUACUAAAAAUCUAUUAAUUCAUAAUAUACCUACCUACCUUUUUAAAAUUAUUAUAUUCUUAAUGCUUGAACAAAGUAUUAACUAAACAAUAGUAUUUAUCAUUUUUAUCCAAAUGUUACUCUUAUGAAUAAAGUGUUUGAAAAAAUGAUGAAUGUAUUACAGUAGAUAUUAUUAUAUAAUUUAUAAAUCAAUAUUUAUAUUCCUAUAAUAAUAUUUUAAUAAAUCAACGGUUCUCAAGUUUUUUUUUAUUGAAGUCUUAUUGAAUUUACUAAUAUUGUAAGGUUUCAAUCAUUUAAAUAAUUACCAUGGGUAAAUAUUAUAUCCAUUUUUUAAUUCUAGAGUUACAUAAUAUUAUGUAUUAGUUUAAAUUAAAGUGUAAGAAAUAUUUUCUUAGAAUUUACAAAAGUGAAAAAUGUAAAUGCUUGCUUUAAAUAAUUAAGCGGGUUUGAUGUUUCCUUGGAAAAAAAUCUUAGCUUCAAUAAAAUAUGUUUGAGAACCACUGUAGUAAAAAUUAGAAUAUAUUAUAUUUGUGAUUUUGAUGUUUACAGUUUUAAAGUCUAAGUUAAUGUAAUGUUAAUUAAUGUAAGUACCUGAAUUUGUAAAUAUUUCAUGUUGUUGAAUAUUUUUGUGGACCAAAAAUACAUAAUAUUUAAUUUAUUUACUAAAA